CGGCGAAGACUUCGACUCCACGGCGAAAAGGGUGAGAGAGGAAGCAGCAGCGGCGAAAGGGAACCAGAAGACGGGAGACAGCGGAAAAGAAAAAGAGGCGAAGGCAACAACUCACCCUUCCCUUUCCUUUGUGCUUCUGCACCCUUUCCUCCCGACCUCCGUUGCCGAUCGAUCUCGAGAUUAAUUUGGAGCACGAAAAUGAGCGACAAUCUGAUGGAAAAAGUCAGUGCCUUUGGUGAGCGUCUGAAGAUUGGUGGGGCGGAGGUGAGCCGGAAGAUGAAAGAUGGCGUGAGUUCUAUGAGCUUUAAGAUGAAGGAAUUAUUUCAAGGUCAGAACCAAGCAGAAAAGAUUGUGGAGGAGGCCACAUCGGAGAACUUAGAGGGACCUGACUGGUCUGCCAAUCUAGAGAUCUGUGACAUGAUUAACAGCGAAAAAUAUAACAGCAUUGAGUUCAUCCGUGGCAUAAAAAAACGAAUCAUGUUGAAGGAUCCUAGGGUUCAGUAUCUUGCUUUGGUCCUUCUUGAAACCUGUGUGAAAAAUUGUGAGAAAGCUUUUUCUGAGGUUGCUGCAGAGCGGGUGCUUGAUGAGAUGGUCAAACUUAUCGAUGAUCCUCAAACUGUUGUGAAUAACAGGAAUAAGGCUCUUUAUAUGAUUGAGGCAUGGGGAGAGUCUGGGGAUGAACUUCGGUACUUGCCGGUCUAUGAGGAAACUUACAAGAGCUUGAAAUCUAGAGGCGUUCGGUUCCCAGGGCGAGAUAACGAAAGCUUAGCUCCAAUAUUUACACCUCCACGGUCAGUUUCAGAAACAGAAGAAGCAUAUGACAAUGUUGCUCAGCAGACAUAUGAUGAUACUCCUGUGCAUAGUUUUACUGCUGAACAAAUAAAGGAGGCAUUUGAUGUUGCCCGCAAUAGUAUCGAACUUCUAUCAACAGUUUUGUCCUCUUCACCUCAUCAAGAAGCUUUACAGGAUGACUUGACAAAAACCCUCUUCCAGCAGUGCCAACAAAGUCAAUACACUGUUCAAAGAAUUGUUGAGACAGCAGGUGACGACGAAGCUGUGCUAUUUGAGGCCCUAAACGUGAAUGAUGAACUCCAGAAAGUCCUCUCCAAGUAUGAAGAGCUGAAGAAGCCUCCUGUAGUGCAGUCUGAACCCGUGCCUGCCAUGAUACCAGUUGCUGUGGAACCCGACGAGUCUCCUCGAGCCAGCAGAGAGGAUGCCCUCAUCAGAAAACCAGCAGGUUCAAGAACCAAGUCAGGUGGAGACGAUGACAUCUUAAACGACCUCGACGAGAUGAUCUUUGGAAAAAAGGGCGGCAGCACAUCCGAGGAUCAGGAUCCGAAAAAGAAGCAGCAGGAGAAAAAGGAUGAUCUGAUCACCUUCUAGGUGUUAACCUCCUGUUUAUAUGCAAAAAUUUGCGGCUGAUGGUGGUGUUUGUUUUUCCGCUGUUUAACAAAUUUCAAAGUUUCAUGCUUUGUCAUCAUAGGAAGCUGGAAAACAUACCCUCUGUUGAUCUGGUUUCCCUUUACCUUCUUAAAUUGGUUUCAGAGUUACGGCACUGAACAGAGAAACUUGGUUUUUUUUUUUUAAUGUAAAUGAAGACAUAUUUCUUAUGAAUGCCGGUUGGAGUUUAGCAA